UAGAGAGAGAAGAAGCAGAGAACAAAAAUCAAAGAAGGAGAAAAGAAAGAGAAAGAGAAAGAAGGAAGGUUCUGUGAGCAAGUUAAAAGAAAAUGGAGAGAACACCACUACUCACGUCUUACAAAAUGGGCAAUUAUCAACUCUCUCACAGGGUUGUUUUAGCACCUCUAACAAGAUGUAGGUCGUAUGGAAACAUACCUCAACCACAUGCAGUCUUAUAUUACUCGCAGCGGACCACUGACGGAGGCCUUCUCAUCUCUGAAGCUGCUGGAGUAUCUGAAACAGCUCAAGGGUAUCCAGAAACACCGGGAAUUUGGACCAAAAAACACGUGGAAGCAUGGAAACCAAUUGUACAAGCUGUUCAUGACAAGGGUGGCAUCUUCUUUUGCCAGAUUUGGCAUGCAGGCAGAGUUUCCACUUAUGACUACCAACCUAAAGGGAAAGCUCCGAUUUCUUGCACUGAUAAAGGAUGUACACCAGGCCUAAAUGGAGUGGAUUGGUCAGCUCCUGAUCGAUUGAGCAUUGAUGAAAUCACACAAGUUAUCGAUGAUUUUAGGCUCGCUGCAAGAAACGCGAUUGAAGCAGGUUUUGAUGGAGUUGAAAUCCAUGGAGCACAUGGUUACCUACUCGAUCAAUUCAUGAAGGACACUGUAAACGAUAGAACAGACGAUUAUGGUGGAACUUUGGAGAAACGAUGUCGAUUUGUUCUAGAAAUUGUUGAAGGCGUUGUCGAAGAAAUUGGAGCAGAUAAAGUCGGGAUAAGGCUUUCUCCUUUCGCAGAUUAUAUGGAAUCGGGAGAUUCAAACCCAGAAGCUUUAGGCCUUUUCAUGGCAGAAUCACUAAACAAAUUUGGAAUUUUAUAUCUCCACGUGGUAGAGCCAAGGAUGGUUACCGAAGAAGAUCAGAAAGAUACCCCUUACAAUAGUUUGACCAUGAGAAAUGUUUUUAAGGGAACUUUCAUUUCUGCAGGAGGUUAUACGAAAGUAGAUGGUAACAAAGUUAUCGGUGAGGGUCAUGCUGAUCUCGUUGCAUUUGGGCGAUUGUUUUUGGCUAACCCAGAUUUGCCUAAAAGGUUUGCCAUUGAUGCACCUCUAAACAAGUAUAAUCGUGAUACUUUUUACACACCAGACCCAAUUGUUGGGUACACGGAUUACCCAUCUUUAGAUCAAGGUAAUUAGCAGAAUUGCUGCUAUUUUGUUUUCUGUUUUGACUUGAUCUUGUUUGUGUAUAACUUCGUGAGAUGAGAUUGUUGAAAUCUUGUGUUUAAUGGGGUUUUAAUAUAAAAUGCACUUUGCUAUUUGGCAUGGUAC